AUGCUCAGACAUAUUGAUACGCUAUGGGACGCCUUCUUUCCACAACAGCUAUGCUAUCCUCUUCAGCUCAUUGGCGACGCAGAUCAUCCCAUCACAACUCCGAAAGAGCUAGAAAUGGAAUUGCAGAAGCAAUACAAUAUUUUCACGUACCGGUCUGAUUUCGAGGGCAUCUCCACAAACACAGGGUUUGUGGUUCACUCGGAUCAAGGUUGGGGGUGUCUCCUACGGACAUCACAGAUGCUUUUGGCGCACUUCCUUCAUCGGUAUGGACGACCGAGUGACUUCAGUUUGCGCCUAUUCGUAGAUGAAAGCACAGAUGCGGCACCCUUUUCUAUCCACAAUAUGAUCAAAAGCGUUUGGGAUGACAAAACGUUUUGUGCGGAAUAUUGGAGCCCCUCGCAGGCCUGUGAGACAGUGCGAAAAACAAUGGAGAACGCCGUCAAGGGGGGCGCGUUGGGCACUAAAUUCUCAGUGGUAUGCUCGAGCAACGGCUGUCUUUUUUCGGAGGAUGUGGAGCAGCCGUUGAGAGGGGACACGGAGGUGGUGCUUCUGCUCACACCAGUACGCGUAAGCGCGGUGUCGCGGCUUACACAGGAAACCUAUCUGGAGCUGGAGAACCUGAUGUGCCAGCCCGAGUGCCUUGGCGUGGUCGGCGGGGUACCGGGCAGGAGCUACUACUUUUUCGGCCACAACCAGACGCAGAUGGCCUAUCUUGACCCCCACCAGCGCGUGCAGCCUGCCCUGACGUCGCUUUCCUCAGCCAGCACCGUCCCGACUCUGGCGGACGCGCGCAGCGUGCACUGGUCGCGUGUGGACACCUCACUUUUCCUGGCCUUCGCGGUGCGCGACGCCGCUGAGUGGAGCCAUCUCAAGGGGAAGUUAAGCACCAAGUUCCUGCGCAUUGAAGCCCCGAGGGGCACGGGUGUUUAUCGGCCUCAAUCCCAUCACACGUACCGCACAGGAGGGCGUGCGUCGCCGCUGUGCGCUCCCGCACUACUUCUGGCCUCAAGCGCGAAGGCUCGAAGUCAACGAAUACGUCCUUGCAGCUCGGGGACUGAAGAGCCUAAUAACAGAAAACGACUGUCUGAUUCGACGAAUGGAUAUAUAGUUUCCGAUGCGCGAAUCAACCUCACAGGUACUGUGCCAAAGACAGACAAAGAAGUUGAUUUGGACGACACAUGGGACAGAUUAAGUGAGUUAGAGAAAAGCGUAUAA